AUGGCGGAGCGUCCAGCGUCGGCCGGAGACGUGGGCCUGCAGGACGUCCUGAGAGGACGGGGGAGCAACAUGAUCCGAGUCUUCAUCAGCUCCACAUUCACAGAUAUGAGCAGCGAGAGGAAAGCUCUGCUGGAGAAAGCUUACCCAGAAGUCCUUGCUUUCUGCCGUAGUCUGGGGCUGGUGUUUGAGGUGGUGGAUCUGCGUUGGGGUCUCCGAAGCGCCCCGUCCGGAGACCACGAGGCCGCUGAGAUCUUCUUGCAGGAGAUCGAGCGCUGCCGGAGGAUUUCAGCCGGUCCAGCUUUCACCGCUCUGCUGGGGAACCGGUACGGCGAGCGUACUCUCCCUCGCCGCGUCCCAGAGAAGCAGUUUGAACUUCUUCUGUCCAAACUCUCCAAAAACCGCGAAGGCACCGCGCUGCUGACUCGCUGGUUCCUCCGAGACGACAACGCCGUCCCCCCCUCCUACGUGCUUCAGCCAAUCACGGCUCACUUCCCCGCCUCCGCCGACCUCGGGCCGGAGAGCGAGCCCCAGCGGGACGCUGGCGCUGGCGGCUGGAGGCACACGGAGACAACGCUGCUGCAGCUGCUACGCACCGCCGCCAACGCCGGAGAGAUCACGGCCGAGCAGAAACAAGAGCUCCUCACAUCAGUGUUGGAGCGAGAGUUGGAGCGCGGUCUAUUGGCGGACGGUGGCGACCCAUCAGCUCUGCUCUUUGUGCGAGAGAUCCCCCGCCAGAGGGCGCGGGACGGCCCCAAACGCUUCGCCCGUUUCCUGGACCUGAGCGCCGGUGGCGUGCUGGACGCAGACGCUCAACGCCUCCUCGCCGCCCUCCGGUCCCGCCUCCUCGCAGCGCCACCGCCCAGCUUCAACCUGCACAGCGUGGAGCUCUGCAAGGGAGGCGUGGACCCCAAAUGCCGAGAGCACGCCCAGUACCUGGACGCCGUCUGCCAGCAGUUUGUCUCGCAGAUGAAGGCUGGGAUCGCCGCGGCAAUGAACGGUAGGCAGGAGAAGCCCUGGGGAAGCAUCGCGGACGGAAAGAAGGAAAUCUCAGACAGCGUGGGGGCAGAAGCUUGCGGCGAGAUGUGCUUUGGUCUCUGCAGCAAAGAGGGGCUUCUGGGUAAACCCUGUGGCAAAGAGGGGCUUCUGGGUAAUCUCUGUGGCAGGGAGGGGCUUCUGAGUAAACUGUGCUGCGCCAUGUGGGAGUCCACCAACGUGCAACACGGCCCGCUGGUGGUGCACGGCGCGGCCGGCGCGGGGAAGACGGCGCUGCUGUGCAGACUGGCUGCGGAGCUGCGUAGCAUCCUGGGUGCGGGCGCCACGGUGGUGAUCAGGCUGCUGGCUGCACGCCAUCCUCACAGACCUGACGUCCAUCACGUCCUCCGCGGCGUCUGCCUCCACAUCUGUCUGGCUGCUGGUUUGGCUCCGCCCUCGGGCGCCGUCGCGCUGCCCGGCUGUUUCCGGGACGUCCUGUCGGAGGUUUCUCGGCGGGGGAACCCUCUGCUCAUCGUGCUGGAUGGCGUGGAUCAACUGUCCGACCGCCAUCACGCUCACAAACUCCGCUGGCUGCCCGCCGUGCUGCCGCCCAACGUCCACCUGGUGGUCUCCAUGGAUACCGAUAGCGAGGCGUUCGCCAACAUGCGGCUCAAGACGUUGGAGAGUUUCUUCGAGGUGGAGCGUUUGUCCGGAGACGAAGGGAAGCAGAUCAUGGACUCGUACUUGCGAGCGUCGCAGCGAACGCUGACCGCCGAGCAGAGUGCGGCCGCGCUGCAGAGCUUCGAGUCUACCGGCUCUCCUCUGCACCUCCGGCUGAUUCUGUCGGCCGCCAAACGGUGGGCGUCCUUCACGCCGCUCACAGAGACACGCCUGGGCGCCAGCAUGCAGGAAAUGAUGUCACAGAUCUUCCUGACGCUGGAGGAGAAACACGGGAAGGAGCUGGUGGGCGGCGCUUUAGGAUACAUCGCUUUGGCGAGGGAAGGUCUACUGGAGGCCGAACUGCGUGACGUCAUGUCCCUGGACGAUGACGUCAUCAGUGAGGUGUACAGGAACUCCCUCCCUCCGACGCCCUCGCUGAUCCGGCUGCCCCCCCUCCUCUGGGCGCGACUCAGACGGGACCUCGAGGAUCUGCUGGAGGAGCGCUGGACGGACGGCGUCGCUGCCAUCGCUUUCAACAACCGGCGUCUGGCCGAGGCAGUUUCAGCUCGGUAUCUGACAUCAGAGCGGCGAGGGCGGAGCCUCAGGAUCCUGGCCGAGUACUUCCUGGGUCAGUGGUCAGGGAAACUGAAGCCUGUGGCUCUGCCAGGCCUGACGCUGCUCCUUGCUGACAGAAAGGUCCCGCCCCAGCCGCUGUGGUUUGCUCCAGGAUUGGCCAACGUCAGGAAGCUCCAGGAGCUGCCGUAUCAUCUGCUGCGCGCCGGUCUGUGGGACGAGCUGCAACAAGAAGUCAUCGGCAGCGCUGAGUGGCUGUUCUGUAAGAGCCGGGUGUGCGGCGUGUCCAGUGUGAUCCAGGACCUGGACCAGUGCACCCAGUACAUGGUCUGCAUCGAGACCAGUCUGCUCCGAGACGCCCUAGUCCUCAUCGAACCCAGUCUGGACCUGCUAGACACUCACUUGGACAUGUCUCUGUUCUACACCGAGCUGUUGGCCAGACUCUGCUCCUUGGCCACGGCCUUCCCUUCUGUGAUUGGCCGGCUGUGCAGCCAUUGUGAGGAGUGGUUACUGACGUGUCCCGAUCCGAGCCUUGUUCCCAAGUGCAGCUUCCUGCUGCCGCCAGGGGGGGCGCUGCAACACACGCUGAGUGGGCUGCAGGGAGGUGUGCUCUGUGUGGACGUCAGCGUGGAGGCGGAGCUUCUGGUUGCAGGUUCAGACGACGGCGUGGUGGCGGUCUGGAGCCUCGCUGACCAGCAGCUCCUACACUCGCUGCUGGGACACAUGGGUGCGGUUUUGUCGGUCAAAGUGACGGACAACUCCGCCCACUGCCUCUCAUUGGCUGCUGACGGCUCUCUGAGGAGGUGGAGCCUGACGGACGGCCAACAGCUGCUCUGCAUCCAGGAGGCCCUGCCUGUUGACUCCGCCCCUUCCUCCGUACACCUCCACCUGUCUGAUCAGCUGAUCUUUGUUUACACCAGGACACAGGUAAAGGUGUGGAAGCUGGACGGGGCGGAGCUCUUCAGCAGCAGCUGUAAUGAUGAUGAUGAUGAUGAUGAUGAUGAAGAUAAAGAUGGCGGUUCGGUGGUUCUGGGAAUUCUGGGAGAAUCUGUAGUUACUCUGUGUGCUUCUGGUCUGGUGAGAAUAUCUCAUCCUAAUGAUGAGGCUGAAACCGUUGAGACUCGGCAGGAAAACUCCCAGAGACGGUUGACUGUGGUGAAAUCGGUGACGUUACCACGGCGAGGAAAAGUGUUUGUGGUUUCUAAAGCAGGAUUCCUCCAUCAGAUUUCCAAGACGGGCAAAUGGACCGCCAACAAGUUUCCUCUGGUUCCUUCUUUGCUUUUAGUCACUGAAGAUGAAAAAAUACUGUUAGUAGGAAGUGAUGAGACUCUGAGCCUCUUUAACAUCGACAGAAACUCUGUGGACGGAUUCCUCGACCUUCAACACGACGACAGCGUUUUGUCCGCCUGCGUCUCAUCAGACAGUCGGCUGCUCGCCUCCGGAGCUGCUGACCAACUCAUACGAAUCUGGUCGGUGACCACUGGUGCGUUGCUGGACACUCUGUGUGGUUCAGACACUCCUGUCACGUCUGUUCUUCUGUUCAACCGCUUCGUGGUUUCAGCCUCGACGGCCGCCGCCAACAUCCACCUGUGGAAUCUAAACUACGACACACGCCACAAACCCACCGCCCACGUCCCGGCAGGCUGCGCCCACGUGGCCGUCACUAAGGACGCAGACCGCGUCUUCUACGUCCGACAGCAGAGCCAGACGGAGGUCAUCAGCUGGAACAACAACACAGGUUCUGUGUCGGAGCAUCUGCCCGUCUCUGCGGAGGUUUGCUGUCUGGAGUUAGCGCAGAACAAACGGCUGCUGUUCGCCGGUCUGGCCAGCGGCACCGUCCUCAUCUACCCGUUGGCGUUGCCCCUGGAGACGCUGUGCAUCCCGCCGCCGGAGAGCCUGAGCCGCGUGCUGUGCGUGGCCGUCAGCGGCCACGAGAAGCACGUGGCCGUGGCCUACGAGGAUUCUGUGUGUCUGUUCAGGAUCACGAGCAGAGACAGCUUCCCCACGGUCGACGGGCCGCUGGACGCCUUCCCGCUGUCGCUGCUGCACGCGCCGCUGUCCGCCAUGGCGCUGCUCUCAGACCGCCGGCUGCUGUACGGGACCAGCUGCGGCGAGGUGAAGCUGCACGACUUCGUCAGCGGCAGCAGCGAGGGGCUGGAGCCUCACUGCAGCAGGGUGAGCUGCGUGGCGGUCGGUAACCACGGGAAACAUGCCCUGGUGGGCUCCGAGGACGCCGUGCAGAGGCUGUGGGCCCUGAACCCGCUGGUCCUCGAACACACCAUGGAGUACAAGGGUUUUCUCUUCGAGGGCGUCCUCUGUGCUGCGUUCUCCGAAAACGACCAGUUUGUCUUCACGGGAUCUCAGGACAGAACCGUCAAAGUCUGGGACGUCUCCACAGGAAACCUGCUGUACGUUCAGUACGUCUACUCCCCCGUGGUGCGGAUGGUGACCUUCAGGAACGGCUUCGUGGCGCUGUCCCAGCAGGGCUCCGUCAUCAGGGAGGUGUUUCGCUGCCCGGACCACGUCCGUCCGGACUACAACCCUCUGAGGAACGUCCGGGCCCAGUACCGGGUCACGUCCCGGGACAGGAAGAACCAGGACGGCCAGCUAAGCUACGACUACCAGAACUUUAACCCGGCCCAGUUAGACUUGGACCGCAUGGGCGCGCUCAGAGACAAACCCUCCGCCACCUGUCGCAUUCUGUAG